AUGAAAAUUGGAAAGGGAAAAGGGUUUUUUGAGAGCUAUAUCUCUUCUUCUCUCGCGAACGGAACAGCGGCGGCGCCUCCGCCUUCCUCACCGAGAAUCGCCGGUGUUAAGCUCCGUUUCAGCUUCCGCCGCAAUCGGUUUCCUCACUUUGCUCCGUCUCACUCUCUCUUGCGACAUCACUCAACCUCUCCGUCCGGUUGCGAUUCCAUCUUCGCCGUAAGUCACGCCGCCACUGUACUCUCUUCUUUCUUCUCCGCGUUUGCUUCCAUUUCUUUUCUUCGUCUACUUCUUGCUACUGUGAUUCAUGCUUUGAUGAUUGUGGCGAUCCAUGCUUUGAUGGCUUUGAUGAUCGUGAAGAUGAUUCCGGCUUUGAUGAUGGUGGUGAUUCUUCUGGGAAAUUGA